UUACUGAGAACCAUUGAAAUCUCGAUCAGACUGAUCGCUCCACUGCUGACAGAGAACAUGACCAGGAUAGAGACCAACCUCACAGAGGUUGAGAUUAUGGUGAGGAGAGAGAAGACUCCACCUAAAGGACCAGUCAGCCUGACCAAUGAGAACACUCAACUUGACACCACCUGGGAGACGGUGGUCGGAGAUGACCAGAAUUACCCAGGGUUUGCGUUUGUUGUUCUGCUCAGCUAUAAGAAUCUGGAUAGUCUGAAGGACAACACUUCUCAUCAGAGCCAGCAGCUCAUGUCAAGUGCUGCRACGGUGUCCGUUAGCAACUCCAACACAACAAACCUGCCCCAACCGGUUAAUCUCACUUUCAAUCACCUGCAGUCCAGUGACGUUGACCCCACCUGUGUUUAUUGGUCGGAUGAGAAUGGACCGGGGGUGUGGUCUGGGCGGGGUUGCACCUCAGUGAUGUCAAACUCCACCCACACURUGUGCUCCUGCAACCAUCUCAGCACAUUCGCUCUGCUGAAGGGAAUCCAUCAGAGAAAGGGAAGCGGGCAGCUGUCGUUGGUGAUGUGGGUGGGUGUUUGUGGCACUGACCUGUGUGGUCCUGUCCUGAUCACAACCCUUGGGUGUCGCUUUGUAGCCGCAAACGUCGUGGAGGACACCGGCGGCAACAGGAUGUACAGCUACAUAGAAAAUAAGACAUGGAUUUGA